AUGGGUACUGGCCGCAAUCUGCCCUUCUACAAUUGGAGCCACGUCGUUCAACAACCCAAAUCCGCACCCACGAACGAUCAAAAAAAAGGGAUCACGACACCUGCGCCCAUUUUGUCCUUCACGGGUGUGGACAUUUCCAAAGAAAUGUUGACGGUCGCUUUGGAUAAAGUAUCCGAAGCUGUCCCCGACCUGAAGGGCGUCGCACCAUCAAUUGAAACGCAACAGUUGACUCAAGAUGGACAUAGUGUCUUCUCCUAUUUAUCGGGCAGACUACGAUUCUUUCGCUCUGACGUACACAUCUUUGUGCCUGGCCCUAUACAAGGUACGGCGGAAACAGCCAAGUACGACACUGUCGUUCAGACGUUUGGCCUUUGCAGUGUGCGAGACCCGGAGAAAGUGGUUAGAACUUUGGCCAGCAUGGUGAAACCAAACACUGGGAAAAUCAUUCUUGUUGAGCACGGGAGGGGGUCGUGGGGCAUCGUCAAUGGCCUACUAGAUAGGUCAGCACCAGCCCACUUUCAGAAGUACGGAUGCUGGUGGAAUCGAGAUAUUGCCGAAAUCGUCCAUAACGCCGCUCAAUCCACGCCCGGCCUUGAGGUCGUCAAGAUCGAGCGCCCUUACCUGACCCAACUGGGAACCACUUUAUGGGUUGAACUGAGAGUCAAGAACACCUGUUGA